AUGUCUGGAACUAGUCUCUCAGGUCCUACUGAUCAAUCCCUGGCUAAACUUCAGUCUUUAUCCGUGAUUCGAUUGGAUUUUAACUAUAUCUCCGGUCCAAUACCAGCAUUCUUUGCAAACUUUUCAAACCUGACGGUGUUGAGCUUGGAUUUUAACAGUAUCUCUGCUCCAAUUCCAGAAUUCUUUGCCAAUUUUUCAAAGUUGUCUUCCUUGAGUCUCAAAUAUUGUCAGUUGCAAGGAACAUUUCCCAAAGAGAUCUUUCAGGUACCUACUCUACAAAAUAUCGACCUUUCGCAUAAUUUGAAUCUUGAUGGCUCCUUGCCAGAAUUUCCAAAGAAUGGAUCUCUUCGAUCCUUGGUACUAAGAUGGACAAAAUUUUCAGGCUUCUUGCCCAACUCUAUUGGAAACCUCAAAAUGUUGUCCACGAUAGAUCUUUCAGGUUGCAGCUUCACUGGAUCAAUCCCAAAGUCAAUGGAAAACCUGACAGAAUUGGUUAGCCUGUACAUGCCAUCACAGAGGUUUCAUGGUCCGAUAGACUUUAUUCACUGGGAAAACCUUGUUAAUCUGGUACAUCUCCAACUGGAAUUCAAUCACCUAAAUGGGAGUAUUCCAUCAUCUAUUUUUUCUUCUCCCUUGUUAAAGGAACUACUACUUUCCCACAAUCAAUUUUCUGGUCAACUCCAUGAAUUUCCUAACGUUUCUUCCAACUUAAUUACCCUUGAAGGACCAAUACCUGUGUCUAUCUUGAGUUUCAGAGGGCUCUAUACACUUGAUCUUUCUUCAAACAAUUUCACUCGCUUUCCUUUUAAUGGUCCUCAGCAACUGAGAAAUCUUUCGACCAUUGAUCUUUCCCACAAUAGCUUGCUGGUUUUAUAUAAUGGUUCCAGUUCCUCAGCUUCCUCUUUUACUCAAAUUCAGGAUAUGAACUUGGCUUCUAACAAGUUGAGAAGAUUCCCAAAUUUCUUGAGAAACCACAUCUAUUUAGAACGUUUGGACCUCUCAGAAAACCAGAUUCAAGGCAUGGUUCCCAAUUGGAUUUGGGGGAUAAGUUCUCUUUCUCAGCUAAAUCUUUCAUCCAACUCCUUCUCAACUCUCGAAGGGCCUUUACCUAAAUAUUCCAGUGUGUCUGUUCUCGACCUUCAUUCAAACCAACUUCAGGGGCAAGUCCCAUUUUUCUCACCAAGUGCCCGUUAUCUGGAUUAUUCAAAAAAUCGUUUCAGCUCUAGUUUACCAACUGAAAUUGGUGAUUUCCUAGCUUCCACUGUGUUCCUCUCUCUUUCAAGCAAUAACUUGCAUGGGCUCAUUCCAGUAUCAAUAUGCAAUGCAAGUUAUGAGGUUCUUGAUAUGUCCAAUAACUCUUUAAGUGGUAUGGUUCCCCAAUGCUUGACUGAAAUGAAGAGUCUUAGAGUACUUAUUUUAAGGAAAAACAACCUUAAUGGAACUCUUUCUAACAGAUUUACUGGAUAUUGUGGUUUAAGAGCUCUAGACCUC